UAAAAGUGGAAACAUUAUACAAAAAUAAUUCAAGAUGGCGUACUUUCCAGAAGAAUGGCAAGACGACAACCGCAUGAAUUUUAUGUUUUCUGCCUUUCCUGAGAACAGAAAUGUCAACCCUAAACAUUGGGACAGCAAACUUCAGUUUUGGACAAGUGCCAUUGUUGAAAGUUGUGACUCACUUGAUGAACUAUGCUUUGAUAUAAACGUUUUGAAAUCAAGGUUUUGCAGAAGAGGAGUGACGCCACUCGGUCUAAGUACAGUACUAAAAGAAAUGUUAAAUAGCGGAGAGAUUGUUCGCACGAGUGACUUUUUAGACUCUGUUUAUGAUACUUGGAGUGAAUGGUCGUACGGAAUGGCGAAAAAGUCUCUGUGGUGGACUGUAGGAAAAGUUUGGCAAAAUAAUGAAAUCGAAGUCUCGCUUGUACUUCUUUCCUCUGUGAAAGUACGAAGCUUAUUAAAAUAGGGAAUGAAUUUGUCUGAAAUUAGUGAGAUCAUAAGGAUGGGUUAGGAUUAGUUUUAGGAUUGCAGGGAUUACGGAUUAGUUUUAGGGUGGAAAACGCUGGAUUUAUUAUUUGUAAAAAUUUUCAGUAAAUAUUUUCCUAAACUUAUCAAAAUUUUUCCUACAACUAUUACUUUCCAAUCCGAGACACUCAAAUAUUUUCAAAAUUUGCCCGACCAAAUUGUAUGAAUAUACCCGACGAGAUAGAGACUGAGAGGGGGUGUCACCCCCCCCCCCCCAAGUUUUGCCCCUUAAUACCAGUGUGGAAAGUUUGUACUGUGCACCCGAGAUGUGCAAUUUUGAUGAUUUCUAUAUAUUUACUAUUAAAUUUUCGAAAUCUCAGCCACACAAUUUUCAAAUUUUCCAGUCAGGCCUGAGUAUAUUUAGUUGAAGACUCAAAGUUUAUCAAAAUUAGUCUCUUUUGAAAACAUUCAGAAAUCAUUGCACAUUCAUUAUAAAAUCAUAAAAUCAAUGGAGUGAAUAUCUAAUUGGUCUAGAAGAAUUUUUCCUUAGCCCUUGGGGAACAGAAGUAUGUUUGCCAACAUAGAGGAAAUGAGUAAAAAUGCAUGCACAAAUUAGGCCACCACAGGUUUUCAUGAGCAUGUAAUAAAUGGGUAAAUCAAUAUGGUAAACUAGAAAGCUGCUAGAAUAGAUCUAACUUUCCUUACAUGAAUCAUAUACACCAUAUCAUUGUUAGGUAGUUUUAGGUUUCACAGAAUUGGCAGUAAUUAUAAGUGGCAAUGAUAUUCUAUACAAGUAUCUAUAAUUAUGCCAAAAUCCAAUAGCACUUCAUUUCUCAAAUAUAACAGUAUGCAAAAUUUUGUCACACCUAUUAUUUCAGAAAAAGGCUGAGAAAGUGCUAUCUUGUCAUUAUCAGUCAGUUAAACAUUCAAUAACUGACAAUAUUGUGCCAGAGAAGGUGUUAAAAGCCAGGCUGAAAGCAAGCAAUGUUGAAUUAUCUCAGCAAGAAUUUGAGAUUGUUAUUUGUCAGUUGAGAAAAGAGAGAUUGGUUUCAGUUCAUCUCUUAGAAAACGGAGAGAAGGUAUAGUCAUACAUGCUAUAUUGCACAUGUACAAUUAAAAAGUAAUGGUUUGAAUUACCAAGUUUUAUUUUCAUAGGUGUUCAAGUUUGCUAAUAAAAACGAAAGCAAAGUGGUCGCAAUUUCAGAAACAGAUGUGAAUAUUUUGAGGUGAAAAAUACCUUACAAUCAAUUUAUACUUAUCCAUAGGUUGCUAAUACAUCAGUGCAGACCACUUCCAGUGAGAAAGAGCCAUAAGCAUGAAAAGAGGCUACAUAGUUAUUAUCACGACCUACGGUUAGCUUCAUAGUUUCAUUAUAUUACUCAUAUUCGUUUCAGUCAACGAAACAACAGGUGGCGGUCAAUAGGAACAAGCAAAAGUCUUCUCUCUCUCUCUGAUAACUGCUGGUUGAAUGUAGUAUGAUAUUGCAAAGUGUCACCCAUUUAUUCACUAGUGGAAUUGCUAAUCCUUAUUUAUUAUACCCAUUCAUCGAUAAUUGCUCAAAACAUAUCUCUUUAGACUAAAGAAAGCCGAAGCAACAAUUCAGCUGCAAAUAAGAAAAUUGCAAAACGAUGUCGAUGAGUAAGUGGUACUCAACCAUCAACAUUACUGUAUAUAAACUUAUUCUUUGUCUGUCUGAAACUGCCAUGUUAAUUUUCUUCAACAUUUCAGGUUACAGGGCAUUGUUGUGGCAUCAGUUAAACAAGGACUUAGAAAUAAGGUUAAUACUGACUCUGUUUUCUACUCUUCUUAACAACAAAGGGUUGAAGUUCAGCAUAAUAGUUUACACCCUGGCCAAACUAGUAAACAUGUUUCCCAGAAACUUCAUUUGCUAGCCAUGUUUCCCGAAGGUGGUCGAAGUAGGAAACACUGUUUCCACAACAAAAACUUCUACGUCUAAAACUGACAUCUAAAGUUGUUGGGAAAUAUUUCUGUUUAAUGUGAGAAACAAAUUUUGUUUCAGAAAAGCAAUCGAGGAAAUAGUUGUCAGAUGUUUUUGCAUAAAUGUCUCCUAGUUUGGCUUCAUGACAUCCAUAUAAACUUGAGUUAAAGUAUUGUUGAAUUUGUUUUUCAGGCGAAGAAGAUAUUAAGUCAGAAACACAUGAUGUCAAAAACACUGGAUAAAAAGGAAUCGUUAUUGUUGAAUACACAAGAUAUACUUCGCCGAAUACAGGAUGCCCAUUCAGAUGUGAAUGUGAGUUCCACAAACUCUUUGGUCCAGCACAAUCUCUGGAUGAGAGUCAGUGUGAAAAGCAUUGUCAAGUCAUACCAGUGGCAUAGGAAUGGGGCAAAUGCUCUCCCCCCCCCCCAAAUGUAAAAGGUGCCCUUAACGUAGCUUUUUGACUCGUACCCAGUUGUCAAAGCUAUAAAUUAUACAUUAUGAAUACAUGUAGAUGGAACGCCUGAAAUUCUAGCCUCAUCAUUUGCAUCAUGCACCAAUCCUCAUUAAAGGACUGGGUAUGAGUCAGCACAAGUCUUCCCUUCACAGUUAAGGUUACAGGACACCCUUUUUGGCGUUUUGCGGAAAAUCGCUACUGCGCGCUCAAUAUCAGUCCGAUUUUCAUCAAAUUUUCACCAAAUGUUCUCCAGUGCAUGUAAAAUAUGAUAAAGUUGUAAAAUUAACAAACAAUAAAAUAAUGUAGGAAUUAUUCAGGUAAAUCUUAAGUCGCGGUACCUUUACGCUUUUGAGUUAUGCUCCUGCUGGUUUUAAGUUAUAUUUAUGAAAAUAUCAUUUUUAUACAGUAAAAUAGUUGUUCUAAAAAAUUGUGUUCAGAAAUUUUUGUUUAUUUCGUCAUUCCGCUGAUAUGGCGAUUUCUUUGACGACUGCAAUAUAUUUCUGAAUUGUUCGAGAGAAUUGCUCUUUAUUUUUAAAAUAUCCAAAAUUUAAAAAAAGCCGAACACAAUUUUGAAGCUGACGUAUUUAGCUAUGUCCUGUGAAAAUUUGAAAAAAAUUGGUUAAAACCCGCAGGAGCACAACUCAUUUGAAAAUCAGUAAUUACCUGACUAGAACUAGUCUAAUGCCUUCAUCGAAACCAAUAAAAAAAUUUUAGGCAAAAUUAACACUCAAAGGUGUUCUGUAACCUUAAACAUAUUUUUGAACCGGGAACACAUCAGGGCGCAUUACUGCUUAUUGGGUAAAAAAUUGUAUUAUUGUCAUUUAUUAUUUAGGUUAUAGAAGCGCUAAAAGCCGGAGCACAAGUGUUUAAAACAAUUUCGCAAGAAUCUGGUUUAACAAUCGAUAAUGUGGAGAAAAUAAUGGGUGAAGUUGAAGAUGUAUGUAUUUAUCACGAUAAACUUCAAUGAUGUACUGUAUCAAUCUUAGUAAUCAUUGUUGCAGAAACAUUUGAAAGUUUCCAUGAAAGUUUCCCCCUGUUUGCCUGCCCAUGAAAACAUUGUUUCAGAAAGCAAAGUUGUUUCCUAAAUGCGGAAACAAUGUUUCCUGCGUUCAUGGUUUCCCACCUUCAUGAUUUGCUUACCUUUUCAGACAUGGCUAUAGGAAAUAAAGUUUCGGCAACAUUGUUAUUUGGUUUUAUCAAAGCAUUAGUUCUAAUUGUCUUAGAGCGCAUUUCAAAUAAAACGCUUGCUUUGCAGACUAAUUAUUCUUAUCACUUAUGGCUGCCUAUUUUUUUUAGGUAAUGGACGAAACAGCUGAAAUUGAUCGCACAAUAAGCGAAGGUACUAUGAAAUAACUUGUUCAAUGCCGAGUUGUUAGUUUAGGCAGUAAAUGCAGCAAAUACUAAAUAUAACGUGUUCCAGGUUCCAAAUCAAUUGCAGCGUCGUCUGGCGUAGCAGAAGAUUAUAUGGAAGACUUGGAAAAAGAGCUUGAAGAUCUUAUGAAGGACGAAAGCACUGCGGGUAUGUUUGACGUUAAAAACCUUGUCUGGUCACUAUUCAGUGAUCAGAAUGUUGUGUUUGUUUUGUUUUUACAUUCGUAAAUGGUCAAUGUUUUGCAUACAUAUUUACACGUAAAAGAUCGACGUUUUGAAACUGUUGUCCAUGCCAUCCAGUGACUCAUUGUUUUUGACUUAUUUUAGCAUUUAUGCCAAGGACCUACAUUCACAUUUUCAGAUAUUAAACUCGCGUUCCAAUUUCAUAAAAAUGCAACCAUAAAAAUGGAACAAAGUUAAAUUAGAUGUGUUCUAUGUUGACUUGGUGCAUAGUGGAAACUUAGAGAACUCCCUUACGUUUUCAACUUUGUACAUUUGUUAGUCGUAAACAUAUAUGAUACUAUAUACAUUUGGUUAUACAGUAGCAGCCUCUCUGAAUUGAACAAUUGCGUUUUUUAGCAACCGAAAUUCGCGGUCCUGCUGAUGCAAAAGAAGAUCUGGUGUCAAAACUCCCCGACAUACCAAGCUUCAGUCCGGGCAGAGAGGAAAAAGUAACAAGAACAGCGUUAACAAGCUGAAAACCCAAAUUAAAACUAUUUAACCCUAUGCCGCCACUAAACAUAUUUACCAGAUUAGAAUUCAAACAUCUCAUCGCAAAAUGAUGUUUAUAAUUUUAUAUGAUCCCUUGUACUAAAGAAUAGUUGAUACAGUAUAUAACAAAGGUAAACCUGGUGAUGGAAGAAAGCAUCAAAACGUAACAGAAUCUGAUGCAAAAUUUCGUGUCAUGUUGCAAAAAUGACUAAUUAUUUUAAUUAUAAGAAUGCGCGAAAAAAUCUACUAUUGACAUGCAAAUACUUCAAUGACGUAACUAAUAAGCUCAUGGGAUGUGUGAUGAAAUUAAUAAAUCGUCCACAAGACUCUAACUACAAUUGUAAUACCAAUUCUUUGCAAAAUAUUAUAUUUAUUCUAUAUAAACAAGAGUGGAAUGAUUUUAUGUAAAAAUUAAUACAAAUUAUAGUGGCCGUCAAUAUUUUCUCAGAUGAAACACACAUACAAUGCAAUCCCUUUGAGUUACAAUCUUAUCAUGCAUGGACAAUGUCCCAGAUUUUGACAGAACAAUCAGCAGCUGUUGUCGCUAGCUGGUUAUCAGUCAACCAAGAAACACCUACGACGCUACUAAGACGAUGUGCACCUAAAGUGGAUACAGAACAGAGUUUAGUUUACCAUAGCAGGAAAUAAUAUUUUUGUUGCUGAGAUCCUGAGUUGUUAAAGAUUUCUGCCGAGCUGGUACUGGUUAUUGCCGCGCUAGUACAAACUGAGUACUCGGCGUAUACUUAUGGUCAUUAAAAUAAGGUUCGUACAGGUUUCUGAAAAGUACUUCAGAUUACGAGUAGAAAAAGAAGCACGAUUACAUAUACAUAAUUCGCUGCACCGAAAGGGCCGCGAUUCCUGCCAGAGGGUCUAUAUAGUUGCAUUUUUCGCAGCUGUUCCAAAUUGCUUGCAAUCUUUCGCUCGUUAUUUCCAUCUACAACAACCCCUCAUCUUUUCACCAGAACUGUUGCUUGUAAUAUCUUAGCUACUGAGGGGUGGCUGUACGUCCUUAUAAAUGCAGGAUGGUGUACCCUAGGGGCGGGGGCAACGCCGGGUUCAGCUUGACACUGAAAGAACACGGCACUCAGGCACUGGGUUGAAGUCAGUACUACUAUACACAUACCUUUAAUGACGACUUUCUUAGACGAUUCAACACUCCAAAUGAAAACGUUGGUAUCAAGCGAGCCAGAAGCGAGAUGUUGUGAAUCGGAGGUCCAACAUAGAGACGUUAUACGACUACUGUGACCGCACCAGCCCAAAGACAAUUCCUAAAAUAACAUACACCAGAAAGACGUUAAGGCGAACGAGCGCCUAACAUGCGCCUUAAAACAUGUCGAGCGUCUUUCACAAACAAGUUAAGGACAUGUUAAGUUUAUGUUAUACUUGCUUUUGGUGCAUACAUUAUUGUACAUAAAGCAGACAUGUGCAUGCAUGUCAUUGACUCUAGUGCGUGCUAGAAAAAAGCGCCUUGAAUCACGGAGAACUGUACUUGGCAAACACCUUCGGUUUCGUUACGGUUGUGAAA